UUUAUGUUUCCCUUUUUCAGUAAACUUUAGUUGUACAGUUAUUCCACUUUCCAAUAAGUUAUUUCUUUACAAGUUAACUGUAUACUUAGUCGCAGCAUUUUAUUGAUUCCCACAAAAAUAUUCCUGUUGUAAUUCAUUAUUUUCUAUUCUUCAUUAGUCUUUCUUUGACUUUUUCUAUUCGCAAAACAGUUAUUACUGCUAUCGUCCUGUAAAGUAAUAUAUUCCUUUAUAAUAACUGGUAGACAUCAAAUAUACUAUCUACUGACUAUCAGGUAUGAUUCUUUUUGUAUGAAUGUUGAAUUUUCUACACUUGACAUAUAGCAUUUGUAUAUGAAUUAUUGUGUAACCACUGUUUUGUACGUUUCAUCUACUCAGCGUUUGUAUUUUUAAGGAAUUUGUACUGAAAUGAAAUGGUUGUUUUAUUGUAUCCUUAAUGAUAUUAAAACCAUCAAUUCAGCUUUGAACAUGUAUUCUCACAGCCACUCAGACAAUCAUAAUCAGCAAAAAUAUUCUCAUCAUCCAAAAUCACUUGUCAAAGCAGCUUUGAUUACCACCUUUCUUACAAAGAUCUGGAAAGACGAUGAAGAUGAAAGCCAUACUUACCAGAAUUCGAAUGGUCUGCAUACUCCUUUAGUCGUUCAGUGUGCAGAAUUGGUUAAACCUAUUCCUAAAGACAGACAAACUGCGAUUAAAGCUCUGGAUGUGGUUGCAGAUGUUGCUCAAGAUGUACAACCGGCAGUGGUUUCAAUCACCAGUACUAACAAAGGUUUUCUUUCACUUCACGCACGUUCCACCGGCUCAGGUUUCAUCGUAGACGAUUCGGGUCAUGUGGUUACAAAUGCUCAUGUAGUUGGCUAUCGAGGCGAUGUUAUUGUCCAUCUGUGUGACGGUCGUUCCUUUCCUGGCAAAGUUUUAGCAGUUGAUGUAUCCUCAGACCUAGCACUUAUUCGGAUGGAUGUUAAAAAGAGUGUUGCAGAAAAUCUUCCACGUCUUCCAAUGGCUGCUAAUUUACAAAACAUUCGUCCAGGUCAGUUUGUACUGGCUUUAGGAAGCCCAUUAAUGUUGGCUAACAGUGUUACAGUUGGUGUUGUAUCUGCUGUGGACAGAGACCUCGGUCAUUCAGAAGGCCUAAAAUACAUUCAGACUGACGCCAUAAUAACAUUUGGUAAUUCAGGUGGUCCACUAGUGAAUUUAUAUGGUGAAGUUAUUGGAAUUAACGCCAUGGUGGCUGGCACGGGAGUUGGAUUUGCCAUACCUGUUGAUCAGGUUCGAAAUUCAUACAGUUGGCUUUGA